AUGUACAUUAAAACCAUCCUUUUGGAUGGCUUUAAGUCAUAUCAGAAGCCAACCGAAAUCAAAGGAUUCUCCCCCCAGUUCAACGCCAUCACAGGAUACAAUGGAAGUGGAAAAUCCAACGUUCUCGAUUCUAUCUGUUUUAUUCUGGGAAUCAACAAACUGGAUAAUAUCCGAGCAAAAUCGAUGUCCGAGCUGAUCUCUCAUGGUGGUACUAAAGCAACGGUUCAAAUUAGAUUUGACAACAGCGACAAAUCUGUAUCCCCUUUUGGCAUGGAACACUUAGAUGAAAUCGUUGUUCAAAGAACAAUCACUGCGCAAGCUACCGGAAAGGGAUGUGCCACCAGCUACACUCUCAACGGACACGCCUCAACAAACUCAAAAAUCCAAGAUUUCUUUCGAGGAAUCGGUCUCAACGUUAAUAACCCACACUUUCUUAUCAUGCAAGGACGCAUUACAACUGUUCUCAAUAUGAAGCCAGAAGAAAUUCUCGGAAUGGUUGAAGAGGCGGCUGGUACUAAAAUGUACGAUCAGAAGAAGAAGGAUGCUGAGAAAACAAUGUUUUUGAAGGAAGUCAAACUGAAAGAGAUUGACAGGAUAUAUGACGAAAGUAUCGCUCCUAGAAUGAACAAAUUCCGUGAAGAUCGAAAGAACAUGGUUGAGGUUACUCGGCUGAACAAAGUGAAAGAAAUUGCUCAAAGAAAGUUGGAAGCUUUUCAGUAUUACCAGGCUCUUGAGAAUGUUAAGAGAGAUAUUGAAGCUUCUGAAGAAGUCAAAAAGCAACUUGAUGAACUGGAUCAGAAGAUUGUUUCACUUAAUGAAGAGAUGGUGAAAAAAGAAGAGGAAAAGAAAGAGUUGGAGCGUCUUCGUGAUAACCCAGUAGAAGAAACUGCUUUGGCUGCCGAUCAUAAGGAGAAGCACAGCAUCGCGAUGCGUCUAGAACAAGAGCAGAGGGCGACUAUUGAUUCCAUCAAAAUACUGAAAAAAGAAAUUGAACGCAUUGGAAAAAAUAUUGAAAAAGAAAAAGAACAUAUGGUGGAAAAACGUGAUGCCUUGGAAGAAUCAAAAAAAAAGAACAACCAUGAUAUUGAGACACACAAAAAUGAUGAAGAGCUUGUCGAAAAGUUACGAAACGAACUUGAGUCGAUUACAAGAGGAACUGUUGCUAACGAGAAAGGUGAACACGUCUCGUUAGAAUCGAUGAUUCAGGAAACGAGAUCUCAAGUUUCGAAGUUGGAGACAAACGUAAAAAUGGCUGAAAGCCGGAAAAAUCGUUUCAUAGCUAAACGAGACCAGGUGAAAGCAGAGUUAGAAAAGAUCACGGGCAACAAUGCUGCCGACCAGAAAGCUGUUGAUGAAGUCGCGCAACAAACUGAUGAACUAUCUGGACGUAUACAAGCACUGGGAUUUGAUUCUGAUGAGGACAAUCGGCUGAAAGAUAGGAAACAAGUUGUGGAAGAGAAAAUCAAAGAGCUUGAAAAUUUAAACUCAAGACUCCUAUCGAAGACUAUGAAUGGCCGAUACACAGGGAACUUUACUAACCCACCGGUUCUUGGUUUCAAUGCGAAGACAGAUGUUCUCGGCUUGCUUGUUCAUCUUGUUAAAAUCAAACCAGGAUGUGAAGAAUUCGGAGUUGCUAUUGAUAUUGCUCUGGGCGGUUCGGUGAGUAGAUAA